AAAGGAACCAGCAAAACGUUGAGUUUAAACGCGGUAUUCUGUGUUUAUUUGGAUAAAAUGAAGCCAAUUUUCUGUUCUAAUUUGUUAAAUUGAUAUCUGUUUGGUUUUUCUACCGAUAUGGCCACUCUUGGAGGGUUCAUUGUAGGAUUUGUCUUCAUUGUAGUUGUUUUUGCGGAUGAGAAAGUGAUCGAUCGAAACGAACUGCCUAUGCAGAAGAAACGAGGCGAAUGCGUGACCUUUACAGCCAAGCAUUAUUACCCAUUACUAAAGGAAAAUCAAACCAACAUCAAGUGGUUCAAAUACUCUACCGAACUGUCCAACGAAACCAAAAAAGAAUUAAAAAUAUAUAAGUUGACGUCAAGCGAUUCAGCGUUGUACUACUCAGAGAUGCAAACAGAAGGAGGGAAAGAAGUGACAAGAUACUGGUUGACCGUCGAAGACUGUGAUAUAAAUGAGAAGGACAACUAUUUGUGA